AUGUCGACGAAGGCGCUCAUACCUGGGAACUCCCAGCGGGCUCGCUCGACGGCUUUCAACGCCUUCGAGCGCUUCGCGGUCGCGGAGGGCUUCAGCGCCAACGCCAUCUAUGAGUUUGUAGGUGGGGACUCAACGGGGGAUAUUCUGUACAUCGUUCUCGACAAAUUUGCAGUGUAUCUAGCAUUUAAGGAAAGCUCAAAGGGCUCGCUGCUGUCCAAGAACUCGGUGGCUAGCUACUUUGGCAACGUCAAAAACCACCUACUGGAGCUGUUUCCUGCUCUAAGUGCUGUGGUAGGUCGUCGGCUACAAAAGAUUGCAUCGAUCCUGGAUAAGUACUGCUCUAAGCGAGGCACAGACUUCACGCACCAGGCCCCACCAUGCACCAAAAGCGAUCUGCGCUCGCUCAGUUUGGCGAUUUUGAAGGGGGCAGCUUCUCCGCAGGACUACCAGGAUGCAGCCCUCCUCAACAUCCUGUGGUAUUUGUUGGGUCGAUCUUCAGACACUAUGUGUCUCAUGAAAACCAGGUCGCCGUUUAUCCUGGUAAGUGCAUGUGGGUGUCUGUUUAUCACCUUUAAACGAAUGAAGUCCGCAUCGUACCAAGGAGCGUCGAUAUUUCACGACCCAAACGAUUUUACCUCCUGCCCAAUUCAUGCUCUAGCGUUGGCUACAUUUAUGCAGUCGACUCCAAGCGAAUUUCUCAUGGAUCAGCUUCCCCGAGAUACACAAGAAAUCCUGCCUACUGAAAUUGGUGAAACACAUCUUCGCGAACUGCUCGAUGCGCGUACCGGCCCCCUGCCAAGCCCCAGCAAGGAACCGCCGAUCAAGAAAGCGCCUGCAAAAACGGCAAGCGUCCCUGGAAUCCACGCGUAUGUCAAUCGCGUGCUGCAGAAGUGGGCUGCCGUUUGUCAAAGUGAAGGUACGAACCUGACCCCAGGGCUGUCGUCGCAUUCGUUUCGCCGUGGAGCUGCCCAAAACGCGAAUAGUGACAGCAAAAUCAGCACUCCUUGGAUCCUUGACCGUGGAGGGUGGAGCAUGAGUGCUGUGAGCAAAGCGUUCAACUACAUAGUAGGCACGACGCAGGAAGACCAAACAGUGGGAAAAUCGUUAGCUGGAUGGGAUCUUAAAGCUACGUCGCGGCAGAGGUCCGAAAAUACAGACUUCGAUCCUCUGGUUCUGCACCGGAUUCGCCUGCUCCAAGCCAAGCUUUUCUCGGCUGCGACGGGUUUCACGGACAGACUCAGCUUGCGAGACGACGUAGUCGACGUCCUCACUGCCACCGCCAUUCUUCACUACCCAGACAGAGGAGGGCGAUGCCAAGGGACGUAUCCUGAGUUCGGGUCGGGAGGCUGA